GUGAGCAGCCUCCUGGCCCAUCAGGCAAUCCGACAAGACAAGCCAGACUAUUUCGAUUUGCGGAACCCUAAACCCUUUCGUUGCAAUUACAACUGUUGAAGAAAUCCUUAGGUCUCCCUGUUCGCAUAGCUAUGGCGAAGAACAGAAACAAGAAUAAGAAAAAUGGUCGUGCGGCUAUGGAUAUCUCCUCUGACAAGACGGUCACGGGUCCCCAAGAAAUGGAUACUUCAGAGUCAGCAGCUCCAAAACCACAUAUAGGUGGAUCACAUAGAAAGAUGAAGGGAGUACAGAUGAAAAGGUCAAAGAAUGUACGUCAAAUGAAGGCCAUUGCCAAGGCUAUUUCAAAAAAUGAGAAAUUGGAGGAAAAAGUCACGAGGAACGAAAGCAAGAUUGAGAGAACUCAACAUGCCAAAAAAUUAUAUGAAUGAAUGGAUGAUUCUUUUGUCUGAUUAGUUAUGGAAGAGUGAUGAUUUUGUUUAUUAAUGUUCACUCUAAGGGCUUGUCAAUGUAAAAGUUAUAUAGUGUUCUUUAGCCUAAGCUUGUCAAUGUUUUUGCAUUUUCGAGUUAAACAACGAUAGCGUGCAAAUACUACUAGAAUUGAAUGAAAUGUCAUAUCAUUGGAAACUAA